AUACGACCCGAGCGCGCGCUGCAGCGAUCGCAGAGCUGCGAGGUUCUUGCAGGCGCCGGUUCAGCUUUUUCCUGCUCUGUGCGGACCGUCGUCUCCUGCCCGUUCUCCCCUCGCAGCCCGCGUCCUGCAGACCCGAGGUGCUCGGGUUGCAUCGCUGAGUUGCCCCGGUCUGCCGACGGCCGUCUGCAGAGAUGCCUGGAAGGAGGGCUCGUAGGAGCGCCCAGCCGAGCCCCACGCGGGUCCCGGCAGAUCCUGAAGUUGAGUGUGCCAUUCAGUUGAGGAGAAUUGGAGACAAACUGAAUUUCCGGCAGAAACUUGUGAAUCUGAUAGCCAAACUCCUCCGCUCAGGAACUUGACUUAAGAAGCUUUCGAAUGAGGAGACUCCUUUCAAAGGAAGAUUUCCCAUUAGGUGCAAAUUUCAUCAAUUAGAGGAGAGACUGCCUUGUAAUGGGGAAGAAUGUGAAGGAACUCUCAGUUGCUUUUGAAUGCUCUUGGAAAUGAAGAUGGAUGCAUGAAUUUUUGUCGGAGGUUUGCCAGAAGUUGUUGUUUGGGACUCGAGAACAUUAAAAAUCCACUUUUUAUUUUAAAACAAGAAUGGAGGAGCUUUGAACAUGGGGAAUCAAUUCUUUAUACAUUUUGGUUUUGUUUAGAGACUUGUUCUAGUAUUUUUGCUGAAGGUUGCUGCCCAGUGUAAGAGGAGCUGACACAUGAUUAUGGACUAUGGUCAGGGGCUGAGAAACAGAAUACACUCCACGUUUGUUUCUGCUUUGGGGGACAAUGACGGAACAGUGUGUGAUCUUUGGUUUAUGUAUAUUAUUUUGUUACGAGUAAAACUUUUAUUUUGAGAACACUGAAUGUGAUAGUGACUGUCACUACAAAAUAUAAACUAAUUUGAAAAUUU